AUGUUCAAACAGGUGAAGAUUAAUCUCCCAUUGGUUGAUGCAAUUCACCAAAUUUCAACUUACACCAAAUUUCUGAAAGAUAUGUGUACUCAGAAGAGGCAUUCAAAUAGCCAUGUUCCUAAGAAGGUGCUACUAACUGAGCAAGUCAAUUCUAUAAUCCAGCACUGCACUGCUCCAAAAUUCAAAGAUCCAAGCGCUCCAACAAUUUCAUGCACAAUAGGGAAUCAUAAAGUAGAGCGAGUUCUCCUAGAUUUGGAUGCAAGUGUAAACCUUCUUCCUUAUUCGGUUUACUUGCAACUUAGAUUAGGAGAAUUGAAACCUACCUCAAUUAUUCUCCAAUUGGCAGAUAAGUCAACCAAGCAACCCCGUGGUAUCAUCGAAGAUAUAAUCAUCAAAGUAAAUAAAUUUUACUUCCCAGUGGACUUUAUUGUGGUAGAUACCGAGCUAAUUCCAGAGUCAAAGAGGCACAUUCUAGUGAUCAUUGGUCGUCCUUUCCUUGCAACAGCAAAUGCAAGCAUAAAUUGUAGGAAUGGCGUCGUGGACUUAUCUUUUGGCAAUAUGAAAGUACGCUUAAAUAUUUUCAAUGCCAGUCAAUGCCCUUCAGAUGAUAAGGAUUGUUUUCUUAUCGAUACCAUCGAUGAAUAUGUUGAAGAGAUGGCCCCAUUUGCUUUAACAAGAUCCACUGGAAGUAUGCAUAUCUCACUUUGA